AUGAUCGACGAGCGAUCAACUACUAUUUGUGAUAUCCCAGCUGGAAGUAGACAACUGACCGUACGGUCGACCAUCUGUCCUUCCGAUCGUGCUCAUGGUCAAAACCUACCCAUUGACUUUAAUGAUCUGAGCUGGCCGGGCUCCAGCGAAAAAGGGCCCUUUACGUCGAUUGGUAACGAAAAUGAAGAGCGAAUUCAGAAGCUUGCGGAAGCCGUGCGGAUAAUACUGAAGUGCGUGGGUGAAAACCCGGAGCGAGAGGGUCUACUCCAUACUCCAGAGCGAUAUGCUAAAGCCAUGCUCUAUUUCACCAAGGGCUAUGAGGAGAGAGUUGUGGAUCUGGUUAAUGGGGCUAUUUUCCAUGAGAGCCAUGAUGAAAUGGUCGUUGUGAAAGAUAUCAAUAUCUCUUCUCUCUGCGAACACCACAUGGUUCCAUUUACUGGAAAGAUACACAUCGGUUACAUCCCAAACGGCCGCGUCCUUGGUCUCUCCAAACUAGCUCGAAUCGCAGAGAUGUUUGCUCGCAGACUCCAAGUUCAAGAGCGUUUGACCAAAGAGGUUGCUAUUGCCAUUUCAGAUGUCCUCAAGCCCCAAGGUGUCGGCGUCGUGAUGAGCUCUUCCCACCUGUGCAUGGGUAUGCGCGGCAUACAGAAGGUCGGAAGCACUACCACCACUAGCUGCAUGCUGGGAUGCAUGCGCUCAGACGCGCAGACUAGAGGGGAGUUCCUGGCACUUCUAGCCCAAAUUUGA